AUGGCAGCCCCCGAAGAUUCCAAGAAAAGUUUAGUGUACUUUGACAUCACUUGCAACGGUAAACCCAAAGGAAGAGUCAUCUUCAAAUUGUACGAUGAUGUCGUUCCUAAAACUGCAAAAAACUUUAGAGAGUUGUGUACUGGAGAACAUGGCACCUCAAAGAUCUCGGGGAAGCCUUUAACUUACAAGGACUCCAUUUUCCACCGGGUCAUUAAAGACUUUAUGUGCCAAGGUGGUGAUUUCACUCACGGGACCGGUAUUGGAGGUGAAUCGAUUUACGGAGAAAAAUUUGAGGACGAAAACUUUGAGAAACUUCAUGAUAAACCUUUCUUAUUAUCCAUGGCAAAUUCCGGUCCAAAUACAAAUGGAUCACAAUUCUUCAUCACCACGGUUCCUACUCCCCAUUUAAAUGGUAAGCACGUGGUUUUUGGUGAAGUAGUUCAAGGAAAAUCCAUUGUCCGUCAAUUGGAAAGAAGUGAAAAGGAUUCAGGGGAUAAACCGGUGGAUGAGUGGAAAAUCGCCGAUUGUGGGGCCUUGAGUGAAGAUUACGUAUUAAAUUCAUCCGACCAAGAUGAUGGUACUGGAGACAUAUACGAGGAAGUGUUGCACGACAAUGAUGCCAAGGACAUCGAUAUCAACAAUCCGCAAUCUGUGUUUAAUGCCAUUACUAGAGUCAAAGAUAUUGGAACCAAAUUGUUGAAGGAAGGGAAGUUGAACAAGGCGUAUGAAAAAUAUGCAAAAGCUGCUGGGUUUGCCACCGAUUAUUUCCCAGAAGAACUUUCCGAAGCUGACGUUUCAGAGUUGAACAAGUUGAAAAUAUCCUGUAGCUUAAACUUGGCUCUCGUGGCCCUAAAGUUGAAAGAAGGUAAAAAGGCAAUCAAAGCUGCCGGUGAGGCGUUGGAGGUGGAUUCCAUCGACAACAAGUCCAAGGCCAAGGCAUUGUAUAGAAAAGGUCUGGGUUACUUAUUGGCCAAAGACGAAGAGUCUGCACAAGCGGCUUUUGAGGAAGCCUUGAAGUUGGAACCAUCUGAUGCUGCAAUUAAAAAAGGGCUUCAAGACGUGAAAGCUCAAAUAAAGACUAGAAAAGAGAAGCAGAAAAGGGCCAUGUCAAAAUUCUUCAAAUAG